AUGGUCAGCUCCUGUUGUGGCUCCGUCUGCUCUGACCUGAGCUGCGGCCGAAGUCUCUGCCAGGAGACCUGCUGCCGUCCGAGUUGCUGCCAGACCACCUGCUGCAGGACCACCUGCUGCCGCCCCAGCUGUGGUGUGUCCAGCUGCUGCCGCCCCGUCUGCUGCCAGCCCACCUGCCCUCGCCCCACCUGCUGCAUCUCUAGCUGCUCCCGCCCCACCUGCUGUGGGUCCAGCUGUGGCUCCAGCUGCUACAGGCCUACCUGCUGCAUCUCCAGCUGCUGCAGGCCCCAGUGCUGCCAGCCUGUGUGCUGCCAGCCCAGCUGUCCCCGCAUCUCCAGCUGCUGCCGCCCCUCUUGCUGUGGCUCCAGCUGCUGCCGCCCGAGCUGCUGCCUGCGCCCAGUGUGUGGCCAGGUCUCCUGCCGCACCACUUGCUAUCGCCCCACCUGUGUCAUCUCCACCUGCCCCCGCCCCAGCUGUGGCCGAAGUCUCUGCCAGGAGACCUGCUGCCGCCCCAGCUGCUGCCAGACCACCUGCUGCAGGACCACCUGCUGCCGCCCCAGCUGUGGUGUGUCCAGCUGCUGCCGCCCCGUCUGCUGCCAGCCCACCUGCCCUCGCCCCACCUGCUGCAUCUCUAGCUGCUCCCGCCCCUCCUGCUCUGUUUCCAGCUGUGGCUCCAGCUGCUACAGGCCUACCUGCUGCAUCUCCAGCUGCUGCAGGCCCCAGUGCUGCCAGCCUGUGUGCUGCCAGCCCACCUGCCCUCGCCCCAUCUGCUGCAUCUCUAGUUGCUUCCGCCCCUCCUGCUGUGAGUCCAGCUGCUACAGGCCUACCUGCUGCGUCUCCAGCUGCUGCAGGCCCCGGUGCUGCCAGCCUGUGUGCUGCCAGCCCACCUGCCCCCGCAUCUCCAGCUGCUGCCGCCCCUCUUGCUGUGGCUCCAGCUGCUGCCGCCCGAGCUGCUGCCUGCGCCCAGUGUGCGGCCGGGUCUCCUGCCGCACCACUUGCUAUCGCCCCACCUGUGUCAUCUCCACCUGCCCCCGCCCCGUGUGCUGUCCCUCCUCUUGCUGCUGA